ACCUGCCACCCCCAUUAUGAUUCAAGUGUCCACAUACUUUUGGUGAGAAGCAGUAAAAUAGACAGUGUCUCUUUAACACCCCCCCCACACACACACACACACAUACACACACACACACAAUAACAGCUGAGAGCAGAAGAAGAAGGCCAGCUGGUGUAUUAAUAGCAGAGCCCACAGAGUCAGACCCGGCCCAGCACGUCCUCCACCGCUGCACCACCACCAUGCCCGGCACCCAGGCCCAAUUCCGGGCCAGAGACCGCAACAAUGUCCUGAACCGGCCCGAGUUUCUGUCCCUGAACCAGCCAUCCCGCCGGGAACAGACGGUGGGGGAGGGACGGGGGGGCGGAGGUCCAAGGAGACCUGUGUUCAGACAGCAGAGUCAGCAGGACAGCACAGGGGGGAGGGGGGCCAGAGAGUCCUCCGAGAGCGGUCCAACUGCUGACAGCGGCGGUGCGAAGGACGCCUCCCGCUGGCCAGAGCAGGACUGCAUGCAGCUUAACCCGUCCUUCAAAGGUAUCGCCAUCAGCUCUCUGCUCGCCAUUGACAUCAGUCUCUCGAAGCGUCUAGGGGUCUGCGUGGGAGCCCGCGGCUCCAGGGCCCCACUGCGCCCCAUGAUCACCUUGCUGGCCCUCACAGGCCACGCCCUCCCCUGGAUCUGCGGCACCCUAAUCUGCCUGUGGAGGAGCAGCACACUGGCUGGACAGGAAGUGCUUCUCAACCUGUUGCUGGCGCUGAUACUAGAUCUGAUGACGGUUGCUGGGAUGCAGAAGUUGGUCAAACGUCGGGGACCUUGGGAUUUCCCGCCAAGCUUUUUUGACUACAUUGCCAUGGAUAUGUACUCGUUCCCAGCAGCCCACGCCAGUCGGGCUGUCAUGGUGUCCAAGUUUCUGCUGAACCACCUGGUGCUGGCGGUGCCUCUGAGGAUCCUACUCUGCCUGUGGGCCUUCCUGGUGGGCGUGUCCCGGGUGUUGCUGGGGAAACACCAUCUGUCAGACAAUCUCCACAAGAACAGGCCUGCCUGAGUCUUCCAGAAACGGUCCAAUCAGAAGAACCUUCAAGGGGAGGAGCUAAAUCAGCUUGUGUAGGACAAAGGAUGAAGGGAGGGGCUGCACCACGCCUAGUGUGAACUGUGACUCAUGCAAAGCUGCUUUACUAGACUUCAAGAAUAGAUUUAAAGAAUGGAAGUGAGCCCAACAUCGCCUCCUCAGACAAACUUUUUAUUAAAACAAAAAAUUGUCCAAGUUUUUCUUCUGAUCUAAACGCUGUUAUCUGAGCGCCGCCUUUAUGCAGAUGAUACCCUGAUCUGUAUCACAUUGUUUCUCUGUGUAAAACAUCCCAGAUCUUAAACUUGAGCUUUUCCUUUUCCUUUUGUUAGUGUCUGUCAAACAGUAUUUCAGCUAAAACAUUAUAUUUAACUCUUCAAAGCUCAAAUACAGAGAGUUCAUGAUUCUAGACGAAAAUGAAGGAAUGAGAAUUCAUCAUGUUUCAUCUGAAGGUUUCUGUAGUUUUUCUGCCGCUACAUCGGCUAGUUUGUCCUGAGAACUGAAGCUGAGAUGAUGAAACAUGUCAGAGUUUAAACUAUGCAUCUGUUCAGAGUUGCUAAAUAAAACCUGUUUGUUACCUGAA